AUGUCACCCGGCUGGGUCCCACUCGCUCAUGCUAAGGGCCGGCAGGAGACGGGGGCAGGCGGUGCAGUCAGUAGCGGCCCCGGGAGAAGGUUGCGGGGAGAGGGCCUAGGCCCGGAGUCCACGAGCGGCCUCUCGCCUCCUCCCGGCUUCCGGACGACCGGCGUCGGCGUCCCCAGGCCCAGGCCCCCACCGCACACACACCCUGGCGCCUGCUCCCCGGAGGCCACGAGCGGCCCGCGGCCUAGGCCGAGAUCGCGCGGUCGGCGGAGGAGAGGCCUUCCAGCGGCCGCCCGGUUCGGCUCCGCCUCCCCCCCGCCGCCGCCUGACACAAAGCCGGUGCGGGGCCCAGCUAGGCCGCGAGGCCCUUCCUCACCACCCCGGGCCCCGGAAGGCGGCUUCGCUGGCCCCGGGGACACCACCGAGGCUGCCCGACUCUUCCUCUUGCUGCUCCUCGCGCUGCUCCCGCUCCUGUCGCCUCUGAGCCCACGACCGCGUCGGGAAGCCCGGAAACGGUCGGGCGGCGGCGAGGGCUUCGCUGGAUUCCCUCUUUAUUAUUAUUUUUUGUUCUGCCCCCCAACCCCGGGCGCUCUCCGGCCCGCACCCUGCGCCGACGACACCUCCGCGCCAGGCACUAUGGCGGACGCGGCCUGGCUUCGGGCGAGCGCCCCCACUCCGGGGUCUCUUAAGCAGGGACUGCACGGGCGGCGCACGCGAGGCGGGGCUUGGGCGUGCGCCGAUAGGCGGGCCGGGGGCGGGGCCGUCUGCGUCACAAAGCGCACCGGCCCGCCCACGUGACCCGGCGCUUUGUGACUUGCAGCGUGGAACGUGAGGCUACGCGGAGAACAGGAGAAACUACGUGGGUCCGCAGAGAGGGGGAGGCGGACCGUCCCACCGGGCGGGGGUCUGGAAGGGGCGCUCAAGCGUCCGAAGCCCCAAAGUGCGGAGAGGUAAACAGCUAAUUCCACCCACUCACAAGUCUCAUCCCCGUGAUGGCUGCUUACCAACUCCUCUCCUAACAGACUGUAUACCCUGAGCUCUUCCAAAGCUGCUGGUGAGAAUGGACCAUCAUCACCACCAGCAGCAUCUUAGGAGCUGUGUCCGACUCUUGUACUAGACACCGCGCUGACCGCUGAUGUUUGCAAAUUCUGGAGCCCAGUCAUCUGGAUCGGAAGUAACUCCGGUCUCCCAAAGACGCUGUCAGAGAAUAAAGGAUUAAAUCCAUGAAUAUAUUUCCAUAUUUAAGACCAUGCCUGGCAUAUCUGUGCCUCAAUACAGGGGGCUGAAUAAAUGUCAAAUAAACAACAGCAAAAAAUAUCUUCAACUUACAAGAUAGAAACCUAAAGCCGACAGCAGUGCAUUUUUCUAGUUUUCGAGUUGCAGGAUCUUCAUUCCAGUUUUAAAUUACAAAGUCCCUUAGGAGGGUUGGCAUUCUUUUUCUCUUGUGGCAUACGGGACAUAUUUCAUUUAUAAAUUCAUAAAUAAUUUUUAAAAAUCACUCUAAAACCGUACAAUU